UGUUCUCCUCAGUCUUCUUUCCUCCAUGCAGAGGAAUCGCAAUCACGUCUCUCUCCUUUCUUGGCGGCUGUGUUGGGGGCACGGAGGAAGUGGCUGGGGGUUCGCCAGUUUAUUCCUUCCUCCAUGAGGGUUCGAGUGACUGUGGAAUGCGGUGGCAACAAGCCGUUUUAACGUGUGGAGUCUCAUACCGUAGCUUUGACGAUUGCUUUCACGACACUUACGUGAUAUUAUUAGGCACGUCAUUUUAGUGCGUUGUAUAGUCGAGCACUUUUCCACGAUGGCUUCGGUGUGGUGGCUACUUGUAACUGUAGCGACGGUUGUGAGUAGCUUAGCAUCAGUUGAAGCCGUUUAUUGCCACCAGUGUGAUUCCAAUCAACACCUUCACUGCUCCGAGCUGUGGGACCAUAACAAUUCACCAGAGCCAACAAGUUGUGACAACCUGUACGAGGCCAACUACUGCAUCAAGGCCACAGGCAUGUAUGGGGGUCGCAUUGGGACAUUCCGGUUCUGUUCGUCUCGUGACCGGGGCCAUUACUGUGAUUAUGUGAAACGACCUGGAGAUGAUCGGGAAUAUCGAGCCUGUAUCUACACCUGCAGCGGACAUGUUCACUGGUUUGUCCAGCAUAGGGUCUAGGAUGGUUGACCGAAUGAAGGGAAGGGCAAUUCUUGGUAAAAAGAAUCUUAAUGAAGUGAGAUUAGAAUGUUCACGUACCUAUGAUGUGAAAACAAGCUAUCCAAGUACCCUAGGAGAAGUGAAAACAAGCUAUCCAAGUACCCUAGGAGAAGUGAGUGCGAGGAGGUCAGCAUUGCUGAGAAACAAAGAAAAAUACAGGGUUUGUCCGGAAAGUAGUAGGACUGGUUUUUGCAUGCCAGGUUUAGGUGCACGUUAGAAGAACCCCAGGUGGUCUAUACUUCCAUAGCCUUCCAGUAUGGCAUCUCUCAUAAUAUUAUUGGGAUUUUGAGACGUGAAUACCGUUAAUUAUUAUUAAAUUUUUUUUCGGGAAAUAUUUGUAAAGGAGGGGGGUAUUCCUGUGCCGGUUGUGUGAUGGAGCGACUUAGCUACCAGGAUGCCAGUCGCAAGUUGUCUCUGAGCCUUGACGGAAAUGAACCCCUGUCAAGGUGCCUUGUUAUCGCCACUAUAAAUUCUAUUAGUUACAUUACGUGGUAUAGUUUUAUUUCAAACUGGGUAAAACAGCGUCUGAUCUAGUGGCUAAGGUACUCUGCUGCUGACCCGCAGUCGCGGGAUCAAAUCCCGGCUGCGGCGGCUGCAUUUCCGAUGGAGGCGGAAAUGUGCUCAGAUUUGGGUGUACGUUAAAGAACCCCAGGUGGUCGAAAUUUCCGGAGCCCUCCACUACGGCGUCUCUCAUAAUCAUAUGGUGACUUUGGGACGUUAAACCCCACUAAUAAAUCAAAACAGCGUGUGAGACCCAUGGCAGAAUCGAGACUGGUUAUGGGAGAGAUGCCAUGGUUUCAUCAAGAGUUUUCAAGUGGCACCAAUUGUUUUACGAAAGAAGAGAGCAAUACUGAUUGUUGGCAUAGUUGAAGAGAGCAAGUUGAAGAUGAGCAAAAGCCAAGACACCUUUCAAUGGCAAAAAGUUACGACAGUGCAUCGAGCCACAUUCCUCUAAUGCAGGAAUUUUUAAAGUGGUUUCCGUGGCCUUCCCCACGAUUUUUCGAGCCCCUGAUACAUUUUCCCUGGUUCCGAACUCGCCAACUCAAAUACCUUAGAUGGAGAUACCGGGGUGCGAUCAAUCUAGGUAAUCUCUAUUAUUUAUGCCUGGGUGUCAAUAAGCGUAUCUCAGUGUGUAACAAACGCAUGAGCUGCACAACGAAUUCCACCAGCAGUUUGUAGUCAGCCAAAUUCGAAAAGGGGAUGCGUGGUGGCUUAAAUCGCUGAGGUUUUAUAUCCUAUAUUAUCACUAUGCGCAUAUCGGCUAUUUGAAGAAGGUGCCACUAGCGUAUCUGGAAAGUCGAAAGGUUUAAAAAAGGCAAAAUAAAAAAAGAAUGGCACAUCACGUGGGUUGCACAUCAUCAGACAUUUAAAAAGCUUGCCAAGGAGGAGGAGGGGGUUUGGCACUUAAAGGGCCUAAAUCUAAAAAUUGUUGUAAAGAGAAAUAUGCGCACUUUUACUUCGUGAACAUGCUGCCUCACGAAUUUUGCAAAUACGUGCUAUAUUAAGGAAGUUACAGGGUCUAGAUCGUCUUUAGCUGGUUUCAAGUUUUCACGCAUUCUCGCCACACUUCUCCUUCGGAGGGGGGGGGGGGGGGGGGGAGACGUGGCCCUUCGUCGUGACUUAGCCUGCUUUGGCAAUGUGACAAGACGUCAGCGAUUUAGGGGCUCGGCAAACUCGUUCAGUCCCAAUGCACAUCCACUUGCUGUGAUGCCUGGUUGUUUACUGUUCACUCGGUGCCGAUGUUUCUCCGCAGCCUAGUCACUCGAUUUGCAGCAAAACUGUCUUCCAAAACCCGGACAUGAAGUUGGCUUGAUUUUUCUGGAGUUCAAUAUAUUGGGAACAGACUGUCAUGCCAUCCCGGAGCAGCAACACAAAACACAUAUAAUGCGCUUAAUAGUGGGUGUGCUGACCAACAGUUGGCACGACAAUCUGCUCGCUCCCAAAAACUGGGUCAGUGAAGUGUUUUGAUUUCGAUGCCUGGAGCCUAUGAGGAGCUUGGCAACUCGUAUGUUUGAAUAGCUUUGAAAAGCUGUGGGUAAAAACAGGAACUGUCGUUGACUUCAUUACUGUUUGUUCAGAUCUGGUUUAGACCAACCGACGAGCUGCGAGCUGCGUGACGUCGCCGAGUUGUCGUCACUGCGCGUGCAAGGAGCAUUGGUCAGGUGUAGGAAAGGAGCGCGGGAGUUGGAGCCUGUUGACUGACCCUUUAAUGAGUUGUUGUCACUGUGCGUGCAAGGGCCAUUGGUCAGGCGUAGGAAAGGAGCGCGGGAGUUGGAGCCUGUUGACUGACCCUUUAAUGUAGAUUAGCAGGGUUUCCUGGCACCAACAUGCUUGAGAACCUUUUCUCUAAUGGACUUCCUGGUGAAACAUUGCAUCACAAAGCUUCUCCAGCUGCCCUACAGCCCUGAUGUCACUUGCCUCAAGAGAAAAGGGUCAUGAAAGUGUGGCACAGUCAAGGCUCUUCAAAAGGUUGUAACGAAGGAUCUUAAUUCUGUGUCACAUUCUGUGAUUGGUAGAGCUUCUGCUGGAAAUGCGGUGUGAUGCACCUUCUGCUGGAAAGGCAGAAGGGGUAUAUUUUCAAAACUACGAUGUCAAUGUGUUGUAAAUAAAUGUUUAGUUCAGCCCUAGUACUCUCCGGAGAGACCAUGUAGAGGGAAAGGCAUGGAAGUUGCACACAUAUUUUUCUUCCUCACUACAUAGUGGUGGGAAAAAGAGAAGUUAAAGAAAGCCAGGAUAAGCUAGGUGCCUAACCUUGCACAACCUGUGCAAGGUGCGUUUAGCCCCAUUGGUUAAAAAAAAGUGUUUUUUAACUAAGCACCUUUAUUAAUUAUAUUUUCAUGCCGUCAUGGAGAUCAAUUAAUUUUGAAUUGUAUCACUAUAUUCUGCAAAGCCGAGCUAUGGUCAGCACAUUUUACUGGCUUUGCUUGGUUUGCUUGUGAAGUUGCUAUUAUGCAAGUCGCCGAUCUAGUGCACAUAUUUCACAACAUCGGAUUAAUGCAUAAUGUGACAGUUUGACAUCCUGUUGAAUGGCUGCAACAGUGUCGGUCCAGCUAGAAUCUGCAGCUAUCAUGUGCUAGGCAUAGUUUUUGACACCUCAUCAAAUUUAAUGGUGAAGUUCGAAACAUAGCAUUGUUAUAAUUGCUGAACCACUGUUACUGCCCACAUUUAGAGGGAAAUUAACGAGACAUCAAAGAGUGGCAUCUAAUGAAAUACAGACUGUAACAAAAUCGUGAAAGAAAUGUUAAAUGUUGUUGCAGGGCAUCUUUUGCAAGACAUUGUGCAUUUCAAAUGCAAGUGGAUGCAUUGCUCAAAGCUUGCAGUAGUACUUGAAGUUCUUAGCACUGAAUUUUAAUAUGGCGACUGUAUUCUUUGUCAUAAGAAUGUAAAAUGACUAAUAAUGAGCCUGUGGUGCGCUCAAAUGCUGGCAAUCGGGGCAACCACUCUCUGUUUAGAUUUUAAAGAUCGCUAAUACGAACUGCAUUUUGCUAAGUGAAUCGUGAUAAGAAUCUCGAUAUAAUAUAAAGCAUUAUGUCAACAAACUUCA